AUGAACCCAGGCUCGAUUCUCACCUACUCGACCGCGCUGAUACCUACCAUCACUCUUCCAUCUGGCAGCGGCCCGGCCAGCUACGACUCCAACCACAAACCUGGCAGUCCCAUCUCACACAUCGCCACUCAAUGGCGCCAUGCCUAUAACAUUGGCAAGAGCUCGAUGCCCUUCUGUGCGAUUGGGGCGGGCACUGCCUACGCCUAUCUCUCCUAUGUCUUCCGUCACGAAACGACUCUCCGCCCUGCCGACACGCGGACCUCGAACUGGUACCUGCUCGCCUCCGGACUGGUGAUGUCCAUAAUCCCCUACACACUGCUGGUGAUGAGCCCGACAAACAAGAGCCUGCUUUCUCGCGCCGAGGUGGCGGAUGCAGAGUCGAUGACCGGUGUGUCCAAGGCAAAGGAGGCUGCCUCCAAGGCCAGCGGCGACUCCAAGGCGACCAGGGAAGAUGUCGAGGUCUUGAAUUGGCUCAAGGGCUGGGCUGAGUUGAACGUUGUCAGGUCCCUGUUCCCCCUGGCGGGAACGCUUGCUGCACUCUAUGCAACGCUCUACUAG